UUUGGUGGCCCAACCUUGCGUGCACCGGAGUAGGCGGAGGUGGAGAGGGGCUGCGAGUGACUCCGCCAGAAGCAUUCACACCUUGGUGGCCUUGUGGGCUUCCACGCGGAGGUAGCCGGGGACGGGUCUGGGGACAUGGCCAGAAAGGCUCUCAAGCUUGCUUCGUGGACCAGUGUGGCUCUUGCUGCCUCCGGUGUCUACCUCUACAGUAACAACUACUUGGACCCAAAUGACUUUGGCGCUGUUAGGGUGGGCAGAGCUGUUGCUACGACAGCUGUCAUCAGUUAUGACUAUCUCACCUCUCUGAGGAGUGUCCCAUAUGGCUCAGAGGAGUAUUUGCAGCGUCGAUCCCAGGUGCAUCUCCGCUCUGCCAGACGUCUCUGUGAGCUCUGCUGUGCCAACCGGGGCACCUUCAUCAAGGUGGGCCAGCACCUGGGGGCUCUGGACUACCUGCUUCCAGAGGAGUACACCAGCACGCUGAAGGUGCUGCACAGUCAGGCCCCACAGAGCAGCAUGCAAGAGGUCCGACAGGUUAUCCGGGAAGACCUGGGCAAGGAGAUCCAUGAUUUGUUCCUGAGCUUCGAUGAUACCCCCCUGGGGGCAGCCUCCCUGGCCCAGGUCCACAAGGCAGUGCUGCAUGACGGUCGGACUGUGGCCGUGAAGGUCCAGCACCCGAAGGUUCAGGCACAAAGCUCCAAGGACAUUCUCCUGAUGGAGGUGCUUGUCCUGGCCGUGAAGCAACUCUUCCCAGAUUUUGAAUUCAUGUGGCUGGUGGAUGAAGCCAAGAAGAAUCUGCCUCUCGAGUUGGACUUCCUGAAUGAAGGGAGGAAUGCAGAGAAGGUGGCCCAUAUGCUCAAGCACUUUGACUUCCUAAAGGUUCCCCAGAUCCACUGGGAGCUGUCCACCAAGAGGGUGCUCCUGAUGGAAUUCGCGGAGGGAGGGCAGGUCAACGACAGGGCCUACAUGGAGAAGAAUGGGAUCGAUGUGAAUGAGAUCUCCUGCCACCUGGGCAAGAUGUACAGUGAGAUGAUAUUUGUCAACGGUUUCGUGCACUGUGACCCCCACCCCGGCAACAUACUAGUACGGAGGCAUUCAGACACGGGCAAGGCUGAGAUUGUCCUCUUGGACCAUGGGCUUUACCAGGUGCUCACGGAGGAGUUCCGCCUAGACUACUGCCGUCUGUGGCAGUCUCUGAUCUGGACCGACAUGGAGCGGGUGAAACAGUAUAGCCAGCGCCUGGGGGCCGCCGAGCUCUACCCGCUGUUCGCCUGUAUGCUCACAGCCCGGUCCUGGGACUCAGUCAAAAGAGGCAUUGGCCAAGCUCCCGUCUCUGCCACUGAGGACUCAGAGAUCCGCAGUAAUGCGGCCUGCUACCUGUCUGAGAUCAGCCAGCUUCUUAACCACGUGCCUCGCCAGAUGCUACUCAUCCUGAAGACCAAUGAUCUCCUCCGCAGCAUUGAGACCACCCUGGGCACCCGGUCCAGUGCCAGUUCCUUCCUCAACAUGUCUCGGUGUUGUAUCAGGGCACUGGCCGAGCACAGGAAGAGAGAUGCCGGCUCAUUCUUCAGAAGGACCCAGAUAUCUUUCAGCGAGGCCUUUAGCCUUUGGCAGAUCAACCUGCAUGAACUUCUGCUUCGAGUGAAGGGCUUGAGGCUGCUUUGCUGGGUUUCGACUCUCCUGGGCUGGCUGACUCGGGCUCCACACUGAGUGUGGCUGUCAUUCCCUGCCCCUUCCUAGUGUCUCUCUACACCUCUUCUUUCCUGCUCUGAGUACCAGUUGACCUGUGUCUGCCGAGGGCUGGCCUGUGGUGCCAGGAUGGUUGUCCUUGGCACCCCCUUGCUGCUGUUGGAGCCCCCCGCCACUGAAGUCUUGUCUUGGGGCCCUGGACUGUACUGGGGGGUGAGUUUGCUUCUUCUAGGGAGGGGAUAAAGCAACCUUCUUCCCAUCUCCUGUAGGUGCCAUGGGCUUGGUCAUCCCCACUUUUCUGGGGAUUGGCAGAAAGGACCAACCACAUGUGCCAACAGGGCAUUUAACUUGUAGGAAAUAAGCAGGUUCUUGAACUUGCUAAAGAACAGACUUUGCGUUUUUGCCAUAUCACUCCCAACAGUGUCUCACCUCGGCGAGGAAGGCUGCAUCCGGGAGUAAACGGUGCCGCUGUGGGUUCAUGCUGUCGUGGUGACACCUCCAGUGUUGUAUGUGUUGUGUUUCAAUAAACCCUUUCAAGGUUGCGGGCACUGUCCCUUCUGACUCCAGUACUCCAUUUGGACUUUUGGUUGCUCUUGGUAGCUGCUUCCUUGGGAAACCCCUAGGUUUCUCAGGGAGGCCUAAGAGAAUGAAGUCUGGAUUGGUUUUAGAAUUUAUUUGCCAGGCUGGGAGCAAAUCCACAUGGCUCGCAGUGGACUUGAACACCAUUUACACUGGGACCUUGCCCCUAUGAACCAUGCAGGCUUUAAGACUCCUCCUGCCACAGGGCCACACCCUGCUCCUUGGAGGCUUCUCUUCCAUCUACAUCCUGGAUCUUCCUUGGCGGUAUUAAGAAGCCGCAAGCUCAGACCUUGGACAGAGAUAGGCUCCCCCUUGUUUCUGAUGCCUGGGGCACUGGGCUCAUUCAGAUGGUUAAGUCCUAAUUUACCUCACCUGCGCCUCAGGUCUAGGAUUGUACCUGUUCCUUCCAGGUCUUUGGAAACAUCAACCUUCCUGAUGGAGCCACAGUCAUUGUUCAUUCGGACAUAUCCAUGUCACCUGUUGAAAUUCUGUGUCUAAUCGUAUUGCCUUGUCAAUGUUCACCUCUCCCAAGUCCAUCAUCGCUCGGAUGUCUGCAUGGUCUCUGGGGCUCCAAGACCCCACAUGUGGCAGGCUAAGUUCCACGAUCACCCACGCUUACAGGCGGGUAACUCUCUGAUCAGAGAACCCCAAAUCUGAGCCUUAUUCCUGUUCUCUUUGUUUAUGCUACAACACACAGAUUUUUCUAGUGAUCAGAGACUAUUUGCAUUCUUUUAUUUUCUCAAAGAAUUGAUUGUUCUUGGUGACCAGUUGGAUGUAUCCA